AUGGCGCGGUGUUACCGUCGCUGGCGAAACGUGUUAAUCUGUGUGUGCAGCCCAUGCAUCUGCCUGGCCCUGCUGUGCAUCUACGCUGCUGUCGUGUUGUGUAUGAGCAUGAAUGGCACAGCAUUGCCCGGGACCACAGUCUGGGAAAAUGGCCCAGAAAGUGCUCGUUUUGUCGCCUCAGGAACUUUGAGUAACAACAGCUUUGCCGCACUGCCGAAAACUUUCUGGGAGCGCCACUCGCAUGGGGAUGCCUUUUGGAACCUUCUCCAGCUAGGCGUCGACCGCCACCUCAACCCCAUCCUGCACCCCAACAAAAUCAACAGGGGAUUUGACAAUAGCACCUUUUAUGAGUCUCUGCUGAAGGAAAGUUUCUUUGAAGUUUAUGACCGGGAUAGCAUGAGGAGAAACUUUGACAAGUUACCACAGCAGAUGCAAGAGUUUGUGAGCCACAUGCAAAUGAGGGACUACCCAACUCUCAUACUGCCAAAUGGAGUAUGUGGAGCUGGGGCAAAGGAUGAGAAAGAGCUCCCUCUGCUCCUCUUGGCCAUCAAGACAAGAGUGCUGAACUUUAAGAACCGACAGGCCAUUCGACAGACCUGGGGCCAGGUGGGUUGGGUGGCAGGACAAAAGAGGAACAGCAGCGGAGAAGAGGAAGGUGGAGGAUAUGUACGCAGGGUGUUCUUGCUAGGCAAAGAAGACCCUGAGGAGCUGGGAGUAGAUGUAUCGGAGUUAUUGCAGGUAGAGAGUAAACUUUAUGGAGACAUUCUGCAGUUUGACUUCAAGGACACAUUUUUUAACCUCACCUUGAAGGAUGUGCUCUUCUGGAGCUGGUUCUCACGUGUCUGUGGCAGGACUCGCUUUGUCUUUAAGGGAGACGAUGAUGUCUUUGUCAACACCCCGAAAAUGAUAACCUAUCUCCAGGACCAGCUAAAGAAGCCAAAAGCACACGAGACCAUGAAAGACUUCAUGGUUGGAGAUGUCAUAGCUGCAGCCAUACCCAACCGAGUCAACAAGUCCAAGUACUUUAUCCCCGACAGCUUCUACAAGGGCCUUUAUCCUGCAUAUGCAGGCGGGGGAGGAGUGGUGUACUCAGGCCUCUUGACCAAUCGCCUACACAAUAUGUCUAAAAUGGUUCACCUGUUCCCCAUUGACGACGUUUAUGUAGGUAUGUGUAUGAUUCGGCUUAAUGCCCACCCUAUUCACCACCCUGCCUUCCUCACGUUCGAUUUUCCUGAAAAGGAAGAGGAGGAGCUGUGUUCAUACCACAGAAUUCUGUUGGUCCACAAACGAAGUCCCUACCAGGUAGUUAAACUGUGGGCUAACGUGAAAAAGACACAGACGGAGUGUUGGGAUGUGGAUCUGAAGAAUGCAGACAAGAAGAAAAAGAAACCAAAGAUCUAA